UCCUCUUUCUCUCUCUACUCGUGCCUUAACAUUUCAGUUUCUCUCUCUUGAAAAACCCUUGACCUCAACUCUUCCCCAAAGGAAACAGUAACAUAUUUGUCUUGCCCUCAUUUUUGAAGAUCAAAACCCCCCUCUCUCUGUCUCUCUCUCUAACCAAAAAUCAACAAUUGUUUCUUUCUCUGUCUAAAAAUGUGUGGUGGUGCCAUCAUCUCCGACUUCAUUUCGAGGAGCCGCUCAACAGUCUGCGGUUACCGCUACAACAAAGAUGAAAUCCAGACUCAAUCGGUUUCUCUCUCCUCCAACAAAAGGCCUUUCUCUUCAGGGGAUUCAACCGUUUCUCAAGGUGGUAAAAGGAAGAGGAAGAAUUUGUACAGGGGAAUCAGGCAACGUCCAUGGGGUAAAUGGGCGGCUGAGAUAAGAGAUCCGAGAAAAGGGGUUAGGGUUUGGCUUGGAACUUUCAACACAGCUGAAGAAGCUGCCAGGGCUUAUGACGCAGAAGCUCGAGAGAUCAGAGGCAGCAAGGCCAAGCUUAACUUCCCUUUUGAAAGCCCUAAGCGAAAACCCUCAGUUUCAGAGCCUCGAACCCUGAAUUUCUCUUCUUCCAACUCAUACCAGGGGCUCAAUCACCAUGAUAACCAGAGCUUUGACCUAGGCCUGAAUGAGCAAUCUAAUGGCUCUGAUUUGCUCUUGUUCUCGAACAAUGUCCAGCCCUUUACCACCUCGGAACUCUACGGUUUCGACAUAAACAAUGAAGCAUCUGGUUUGUCUGUCGAGGUUGGUUCUCAAUCUCUAGCGAGUUGUAGUGAGAUGCCACCAAGUCCAUUUCCUGAACCAGAGAGCAAAGGAAGCAGCGAGGCUAAACCUGAAAUUAAGGUUGCAGAAGCAGCAGAAGGGGAGAAGAACACAGCUGAGAAGUUAUCAGAGUCUCUAUCUGCUUUUGAAUCUUAUAUGAAAUUUUUCGAUAUCCCUUAUCUUGACGGAGCGGCCACUGAAAACGCGGAGACCAUACAAGAAGGGGUUGGAGCUUCAAUGGAGCUAUGGAGCUUUGAUGAUGCUCCUUUCAUGGCCGCUCCUCAAGCGGCGGGAUUGUGACCGAGAAAGGGAAUUCUCUCUGUAAAUAGAGGCGAGAAAACUUUGAGGGUUUGAGGUUUCUGCAACUUUUAGUCUUCUGUCGUGGGAUUCGAAAUUCUUCGUUUGAGAUUGUUGGGCUUUUUCCCGGCGGAGGAUUGGAUAUACCGGUGAAAAGUCGGUGAUUUGUCGAUUCUUUUUUCAUUAAUGUUAAAGAGUGUUGUAAUUUCACAUUAACUAUUCUAAAAUUUUAAUUUGAGGAAA